UCGGAAUCUGUCAACCCGUAAGCCAUCAUUGUGUUUCAAAUUGGUAUUACAUGGAUAUCCAUAAUCCAGUUACCAGCAGCAUCCCAGGGAGUCGGUAGUGCCUACUGAGAGCAACAGAGACGGUUACAGAUUGCAAGUACUCCACAGCAGACCUGAUCGAGGUGUUCCCAGUCCCCAGACAGCAAGAACGCAAAGAGAGAAGAGAGAGAGUGGCAGAGAGAAAAGGAGAGAGCUUUCAGUUAAAAGCAACGUUCACCCGUCUCAGCUUUGACUUUACAAAGGGAAUUUACAGAUUAAUUUGAGAUGACACUGUUCAGGAUGAAAAUGCAGCCAAAUCGGAAGAUGGAUUUAAGAUGCUAGACAAAAACAUGACCGUUGACAACUAGAAGACGCCGGGAAGUAUUGUCUGUGCACAAACCUUGUCAAUUUUCUGCAAGAUUGCCUUUCAAUUUUUUAAAACACAAUGUCCGGGCUAGGCAGAGCUGAAGAGUCUGGACUGUACUGUAAAGCAUCCCAUAUCUCAGGCACGGAAGGUGUAAAACAGAUUAACAGGACAACCAGCAGCAGUGGGACUAAAACCUGCUCCAGACUUUAUCUUGCCUUUAUAUUAAUACUACUCACAUUGACACCACGAGUGGACUCUUCCUGGUGGUACAUUGGGGCUCUGGGAGCCCGUGUGAUCUGUGACAACAUCCCAGGUCUGGUGAACAAACAACGGCAACUGUGCCAGAAGCAUCCGGAUAUCAUGCAGUCAAUAGGGGAAGGAGCCAAGGAGUGGAUCCGGGAAUGUCAGCACCAAUUCCGGCACCACAGGUGGAACUGUAGCACCCUGGCCCGGGACCACACUGUAUUUGGCAAAGUAAUGUUACGUAGUAGCCGGGAGGCUGCUUUUGUCUAUGCCAUAUCCUCUGCUGGGGUUGUGUAUGCCAUCACACGAGCCUGUAGCCAAGGGGACCUGAAUACCUGCGGCUGUGACCCACGGAAGAGGGGCAAGGCCCGCGACUCGAGAGGGGAAUUCGACUGGGGAGGCUGCAGCGACAACAUAAACUAUGGAAUAAAGUUUUCCAAAGCCUUUGUGGAUGCCAAGGAGAAGAAGGAGAAAGAUGCCAGGGCACUGAUGAAUCUCCACAAUAAUCGAUGCGGCAGGACGGCUGUAAAGCGGUUCAUGAAGCUGGAGUGUAAAUGCCACGGAGUCAGUGGUUCCUGUACACUGCGGACUUGUUGGUUAGCAAUGUCGGACUUUAGGAAAACUGGAGAUUACCUGAGGAAAAAAUAUAACCUGGCAAUCCAAGUUACUAUGAACCAGGAUGGAACAGGUUUCACUGUCACCAACAGACACUCGGGCAGGCUGAUCAAAAACGAGCUGGUGUACUUUGAAAACUCACCUGAUUACUGCGUCAUGGACAAGGCAGCAGGGUCUCUGGGCACGGCUGGGCGAGUGUGCAACAAGUCCUCCCGCGGCAUGGACGGCUGCGAGGUGAUGUGCUGCGGCCGGGGCUACGACACGACGCGGGUCGCACGCGUUACCAAGUGCGAGUGCAAGUUCCACUGGUGCUGUGCGGUCAAGUGCAAGGAAUGCCAGGAGACGGUCGACUUCCACACCUGCAAAGCGCCGAAACGCGCCGAGUGGCUGGACCAGACCUGAUCGCAGCGAGCAGCGCCGCCUCUGCGAUGCGUGGAAGCGCGUGGCGUUUUGGGAGUUGUAGUUUAGCUGCAUGGCUUGUCAUUUUUUUCCUUAAUACUCUGCAAACAAAGCACCAAGGUGGACUACACCUCCCAGGGGACCAUUUCGAAACCAUUGGACAUGUUCAGUAAAUCUCCGCAUAUUCCUUAUCAAUGGGGGGAAUGGCAGUCUAAGAGUAAAUCCGAUACAAUUUGCGAUGUACUAUUUUAAGUCGAACGGUGCAACUGCCAUUGAAUGAGAGACUUUAUAAAGUGAAGAACGUGGCCUCUAUAGCUGUCGUAAUGAGGACCGCUCUGUAGCAUCCGCUGCAUGCGACUAAUAUCUCCAGUCUGGUAUUUCUUAUUUUUUAUUAUUGGUAUGUCAAUGCCUUAUUAUUAAGUGGACAAGCUGCUGACUGCUCCUUAAGAUUAUUCAGAGGGAUGUGAAGCUGUACCAGAAAACAAGGGCCUGCACUUUCUAAAGGCAGUUGUAUAACUGUAUUGACAAGACAACCUGCACUAUGGACUUUAGCUACGUGGGGAUAGCAGAGAGUGGGUGUGAGAGACAGCGGGAGAGAAAGAGACUUACUGGGAUAUGACUAUCUGUUGAUUUGAAUUCGCGUCAGGAGCUACAGCCUUCAACUGUAAAGGGAUGUCUGUGAAGACAUUAGGGAAUAAGGUUCAGCUCUGGCUUGCUGCUGCUGGUUUCAUUAGUGCAAACUCACCUGUACUUUUUUAUGGUUAAAUAUUUUAUAAAAUAUUGUUAUAAUUCUUACACUGCUACCGGUAUGUUAAUGUUUGGCAGACUCCAAAUGCUGUUUCUGCAGUCUAAGUUGAUGCAAAAAGUUGCAUAAUACACUGUACUGUACUUUUCAAUCACCCCACCUAAGUAUCUUGUUUGUAAUUCCACCAAGAAAUGUUUUUUUCUAAUUAAAAUGAGAGAAAAAAAAUUGGGAUGGACCCCAUGUUCUGAUUAUUUUAAAGUGCUGUGACCCCCUUGUAGGUUAGUCAAGGGAAUGAACUUUAAAACCGAGUGAACCUCAUGAGUGAAAUAACAAAGCACAUUUACACAGAAUGACUAUUGAAAACCUGGAACCUUUUUCCCCCAGUAGUAGCCAGUAACCAUUUGGCUGGAGUGAUGGAUCAGGAAGGAGAUGCUAACUUCAUUCCCACCAAAAAAAAACCUUAAUAUUGUUCAAGACACAGGCUUCUAGAGAAUGGCUGGAAGUACACAGGAUUAUUAUUAUUGUUAUCUAAUCAUUUUUAUUUUCAAACUAAAUAUGUAAUAGCAAAUCUGGUUUCUCAUAAAGAGGUCAGCAAGUACCAUUAACUUGCCUUAAGCAUUGCUGUUGCCUGUUUCUUUCUUGCAUUUCUGUAUAAAUUUCAAGUUUGGUGCUUUAUUGUGUAUAUAUUCUGUAUAAAAUUGGAGCUGUGCAUUUAAUGGGUUCUGUCUUUGGAUGAAGCUCCUAAAAGAGAUCUUGGGGUGAAAUGGUUUAAUUAAAGGAUUCGGAAUCGGAAUAAUACUCUUCUCUGGUAGUGUUAGGUAGGUGGCCCACUCCAAAGGUUCGUUGGAAUGACCAUACCAACCUUGGAAAGUAAGCCCAGCUUUUACACCACUGACAUUCUGAUUCAGAGGGCACUGCUGCUGAGGUAAUGCAUCUUUUUGAAGUACAAGUCCACUGCCAUGAACUUGGGCCUGCUCCUAUAUCAUUUCAUGAUCGCACGUCGAGGAGGUUUCCAUUCCACUGGUGGGAGGCUGGAUGUAAGUGAUAGUGCUGGUGUGAACUUACCAAGUCUAAACACAAUACGGGACCUAUUAAAUAAACA